CUGUUAAAGCUCCUCAUUCAGUUGACUUUUAUCUUCUAAAUGUGUUUCCAAUGGCUAAGGAGGAUUUAUCACUUUUUCCGAGGGAGAUGUGCCCGUCAGAACAGGGGCUACAACAAUGAGAUCUCCUCACACCACAGAGGAUGCUACACCAGCAACAGGAACAUCUCAAGCCUCCAUGGACAUGGCUCCUUCUUCUGUGAUGGGGAAGGCUUGGUCAUCUACAGCCAGGGAGCUUCAUCCUACGAGCCCAUGCCAACAGCAUCCACCCACAACAUUGCAGGGGCGUACAGAUGUAGCGGUGAUGGAUCUGUUGUAAUAGCCAGUGGUGACAGCAGGGGGACAUCUGGCUGGGGAAUUACAGGGGGGACAGUCCCAGUCUAUGGCACCAUUGGGAGAAUAGGGUGCAGCAGUGAGGACUCAGGCCAGAACAUGAUUGGCAGCUUAGGGAGUGGUGGAGGAUCCAGCUGCCACAGUGGGAAAUUGGGCAUCACUGCGGGAGGAGGCUCUGGAUAUGGAUAUGAUGCAUCACCUAGAGAAAAGGCCUUAACAACAGGCGGGGUCAGUGGUGGAUCAGGGUACUAUAGUGGAGGAUUGGGCUAUGGCGUCGGGGGAUGCUCAGGCCCAGAGCUCAGCUCUGGAGGCGGUGAGUCCUCCCAGACCAUGCAGCAGAAAUGCCCCGUGGUCGUUCCCAACAUCAAGGCCCAUCAUAGCAAGCAGACCAGCCAGUGGCCCCCCAGCCAGAAGAAGUGACUGACCCAGCAGCCACCCCUGCUCAAGCAAAAGUGCCCUGGAUGUGCCAAAAUGCGUCUUUUCCACGACUGUGUCAUUACGAUCAGGGAGCUUUGCAUUCCUUGCAUUGGGCUAUGCUAGCAAUGCUCUUGCAAGCACUGCUGGGAAAAGUGAUUUGUGCUUUGGUGACAGAAAAAGAUCCUUCUCUUCAUCUGCUUUUGCUCAUGGGUUGGAAAAUAAAACUUCAUAGUCUGUGGGAAA